AUGUAUUAAAAAUGGUGGAAUCAGCAUAAUCAAAAUAGAGUGUGGAGAAUGAUUUUAAUAGCAAAUGAAUUCAAUGAAUUAUAAAUAUAUAGAAUAGUAAGUGUUGAAUUGACUUUAUAAUUUGUGGAAUUCUUUUUGGAAGGAUUGAAAUGGAUAGAAAUUUAGAUCAAGAAUAACCAAAUUUAACAUUGGAAAAAAUAAUCCCAAGAAUUACGUUAUCUAAUAUGUUUUAUGUGCAUUUUCUCUAUAUGAUAAUUGGUUUAGCUUAAAUUAGAAUAAAAUAAUAAAAUAUAUCUAGUUAGAUAAAAACUGUUUGAUAUAUGGUUUCCCAUAUUGAUUGAAGAUUGUGUUGAUUUAUGUGCAAUAUCUAAUCUAUCAAUAUUAAUAUUGGAUAAUGUCUUACAUGGAUAUAAUAUUCAUGGAGAGAAUCCAGUUGGUUAUGCUGAAGGUUAGCAAAUUGCUUACAUUAUGAAGCAUUAGGUAAAGGAAGAAAGAGAGGAUUUAUUUAAGAAUCUUCAUAAUAACAUUAAAAUGAUGUAGAUCUUUAAACUUUUGAAUUAUUUUUACCUCUGAGAUUUAGAGAUGCUUAUGAAAAAGUUUAUAAUUAAGAACUCAAAUAAAAAAGUGAUAAUUCUUAAUAUCAAAAUUACAAUGAAAUGUAAUUAAUUAUAUUAAUUUUAGUCGAAUUUUAAGAGAAUUUGUUCCUGAUGGUCUAGAUAUGGCUUUAGUUUAAACUAUAAAAGAUACAUUCUCCUUUUAUCUAAAAGAUGUUUUAACUUAAGUAUUUUAAACUUUUAUCUAAGAUCAGAACAAAUUUUACUAAAUGUUUUAGAGAUAAAUUACCUGUAUAAAGAUUUUUUGAUUAUCCACCUGCAGAUUUAGAGAUCCAGAUCAACCUUUUAAAUCAAUGUUCUUUUGUGGACAUGAAUAUUUCUUCUAAUUUACAGAUAUUAUGA